AGUGACCAUCAGCAGAGAAGCAGAAAUGAGGCAAACUCAGCUGUGUAGGCAAGUGGGGCAGGAACAAGGAAAUUCAGACUUUCACUGUUAAUAUAAUUUGAGAAUGUGGAUGUUACAUCCAAAUGAAAGGAUCUUCUGUAGUUUGAGGUGUAGUCCUCUGUCACAGCAUUGAAGAUUCAAUCAUUGUCAUCAAUGCGUAGAGAAGAUGCAGUUUGAUCCCUUGAUGCCACUAGGAUCUUAGGCAGGACUGGGUUGGAAGAAGGCCCUGGCACUGUCACUCCUUUGAUAAUUGCCAUGCACAUAGAAAGUGGAAUUCAAGACAAAAUGAGCGUCUCUAAGAAGACACCAGGUAGAAAGUUUCUUCCCAUUCCAUUUCUGUCAUUCCUCAAGAUGAAUCAGAAAGACCUAUGGAGAACAGAGGUACUUGCUGCAAAAGUUUCUCUUCUUGCUUCGUCCAUCUAUACAAGAUUAUAAAAUGUACCUUGAAUUCAAGUCAAAGAAAUGAAAGAGUUGAGGUGUAUUAUAUAUGCAGACUCAAGGGAUGUACUUGUCCAUUGCGUCUGAGCUCCAAAGAGGCAAGAGUGAUGGGCAGAAGUGAUUUGGGGGAUUCCUGGUCACCUCCCUUGCUCUUUUCUUCCUGGAUGAAACAAGAAGAUAAUCAGGGUGUCUGUGCACACCAGGACUCAGAAGACAAAGGGAUGGGUUCUGAUUUUGAGGACUCUGAGGACAGGGAAGGGGACCCAGAAGGAAGAGAAAUGGGCUCUAAUCCACAGGACACAAACAAGAGAGAAGGCCAACUGGAGCCGGAAAUGGGCUCCAACCCACAGGACUCAAGGCACAGGGAGGCAGUGCCCGACAUCUGCAGAGAGGGGCAGGUGAGUGAGGAAGAAGGCGUUUCUGUCCGUGGGGAAGAGGAUGACCAAUCUGGUGUAGCUGACAUAGCGAUGUUCCCAGGACUGUCUGAGUCUGACAGCAUAUCCCGGAGCCUCCGGGAGGACGACGACGAGAGUGCUGGGGAGAACCGGCUGGAGGAGGAAGAGGAGCAGCCGGCCCCUCCCGUACUUCCCUGGAGGCGACAUCUCUCCCUGGGGAGUCGGCACCGAGGUGACAAGCCCGCCCACCGCCGCUUCCACCGGCUCCACCACCCCAUGGCCGUGGACCUCGGGGAGCUGGAUAGCCUGGUGGCUAGCAUCAUGGACGCGCCCACCAUCUGCCCCGACUGCGGAGAGAGCUUCAGUCCCGGCGCCGCCUUCCUGCAGCACCAGCGCAUUCACCGCCUGGCUGAGGCCGCUGCCGCCGCCAGCCUGGAGCCCUUCGGCCUGGCGGGCGAGUGCGACGCGAUGGUGGGCAUGAUGGGGGUGGGUGUGGCGGGGGGCUUCGGGGCCGGGCCCCCGCUGGCCCGUCCCCCGCGCGAAAAGCCCUUCCGCUGCGGGGAGUGCGGCAAGGGCUUCAGCCGCAACACCUACCUGACCAACCACCUGCGCCUGCACACAGGCGAGCGGCCCAACCUGUGCGCCGACUGCGGCAAGAGCUUCAGCUGGCGCGCCGACCUGCUCAAGCACCGGCGCCUGCACACGGGCGAGAAGCCCUACCCGUGCCCCGAGUGCGGGGAGGCCUUCAGCCUCAGCUCGCAUCUGCUGAGCCACCGGCGCGCGCACGCGGCGGCCAGCGGCGCGGGGGCGGCGGCGCUGCGGCCUUUCGCCUGCGGGGAGUGCGGCAAGGGCUUCGUGCGCCGUUCGCACCUGGCCAACCACCAGCGCAUCCACACGGGCGAGAAGCCGCACGGCUGUGGCGAGUGCGGCAAGCGCUUCAGCUGGCGCUCGGACUUGGUGAAGCACCAGCGCGUGCACACGGGCGAGAAGCCCUACAUGUGCUCCGAGUGCGGCGAGACCUUCAGCGUCAGCUCGCACCUCUUCACGCACAAGCGCACGCACUCGGGUGAGCGGCCCUACGUGUGCCGCGAGUGCGGGAAGGGCUUCGGGCGUAACUCGCACUUGGUGAACCACCUGCGCGUGCACACCGGCGAGAAGCCCUUCCGCUGUGGCCAGUGCGAGAAGCGCUUCAGCGACUUCUCCACGCUCACGCAGCACCAGCGCACGCACACGGGCGAGAAGCCCUACACGUGCAUCGAGUGCGGCAAGAGCUUUAUCCAGAGCUCCCACCUGAUCCGCCACCGCCGCAUCCACACGGGCAACAAGCCGCACAAGUGUGCGGGCUGCGGCAAAGGCUUCCGCUACAAAACGCACCUCGCGCAGCACCAGAAGCUGCACCUGUGCUAGGGGCUGGGUCCGAGGGAGGCUGCCCUCUGGGGAGCCUGUGGGGGGUAGAUAUCCUGGGACUGACCCAGGGGAAGGAAGUGGGGAAGGGGCGGGAGGGACAAUCUGAGAGUGACUGGGGAGCCUUUGGUGUUUGGGGUUUCCUGAAGCGGGAGGAGUGUUAAGUUGUUCUUUCCCGGUGCUAUACUUGCCUCCUCUCCAUGGAAGAAUUGUUCAGGAGAUGCGCUUGGGGUGAUGACUUCCUUAAAUACACGCUGUAGGGGGUGAAGAGCUUGGAGGACCAGGCGCUUUGAGGACCUUGAGGAAGGGCAGUUCGUGGGCUGGGGUGGGAACAGAAUGGCGGGCAAUAGACUAGGGUAGGCCGCGAUGGCCUGUAGAAGUCUGCGGGGAGAGAGUUUAAAUGAGGGUUAUGGGGCGAAAUAAAACCAAGUAUAAGUGAUUCUGUCUUGGUCCCACCGAGUUUGCCCGAUCUCCACACAUCACCUGUUGUCUCACAAAAAGUAGGGGAACCUUGUCAGUCACAUAGGAAAGGAUAUUUAAUGUACUUUUCCUUUCUUUGAGCCACAGUUAGCUGCUAUUUUGAGGCAUCCAAGGGAAAGUGGGCUGAAAAACGCCACACUCUUCAUUUCAAGGGGCAAUGUCUGGGGGUUAGAAAUUCAUUUAUAACGGGUUCUCUGAUGUGGGAAAUCCUGAUUCCGUCCCGGGUUCUUUGCUACUUCUUUGAAAAUACUCUAGCUUUAUGCUGGGUUAAGGUGGUUUACCUGGAUGACCCCCCUCCCCCGCCCUCGCCCCAUCCCAGGUGUGUGCCACACCCAGUAUUUCUUUCAGGUCUCAACUGUGGUGUUUUAAGUACAGGGAAAAGGAACAAUCACAGCUAUGUGUGACUUUCCUUUUCCCACCUCACCUUGAUGUAGGUGUUUCAAGUGAACUUUAGACCAACAGUUGCCCAGUGACCUGCUAAAAAGUCAACUAGCUCAGAGUUUUGCUGGCCUUUAUGUGAGAAAUCCAGGAAAGUAUUCACUUUGUUGGGAUGCAAGACUCCUUGGUCUCAUUUGCCUUCACUUUGCAUUUGUUAGUGACCUCCACUAACCCCCACUUCCAUGCAUAUUGACGAGGGAUCUAGUCUCAGUAACAAUGUCUUUUUGCUGCAAGUGGAGGCACGGUAGAAAUCUCAAGGCUUUACCCAGGAGAGCCCAGUCAGGGAGAGGUGUAAAUGCAAAAUUGCCAAAUAGCACAAACAAUGAAUGUUUUCUGGUUGUUAUAUAGAUGCCAAAAUAGCACUUUGAUAUUUGCAAAGUGCUUUAUGCUUUUUAAUAAUUGUUAGUUGUUUCUCACAUCAUUGUGAGUUAGAUCAGUAUUAUGACCCCUGUCUUAGGGAAGGCCUGGAAACAGGAGUGUGCAGGCUGUCCUGAAGAGAGGCUGAGGACAGUGUGAAUAAUUGUAGCCUGACCUCUUGCAUUCUCCAGCUCAGCUGCUAGGAAGACUUACUUGUCAUGAUUUAUAUAACAAAAUAAGGACACUGAAAAUUCUUAUGCUUGAUGAAAAACCUAAGGCUAGCCUAGAAGGGCCAAACGUGUCCUUAUUGACAAAGCUGGUCUUUGUCGCCUAAUUAGGGUAUCCUAGCUAUGUUCCAUUUCUAGUAAGGGGCUGUAGUUAGAUGACUCUUGUAUAGAUUUCAGUUACUUAUGCUGAAGAUCCCUGUGCUAGGUUAGCCUUUAGAAGUUAGAGUUGUGGAAAGCAGUAUUGUUUUCUUCACUAGUGAUUGUUACCCUACCCAUUUCAUGGAAGCAUCUUCACAAAAUAUUGGACACAGUGGAAGGGGGAAAAAAAAGCUACGAGAUUGUUUUUACACUUUUAGCAAAGUUUCUGUGGAUGCUAGUAAUUUAUAGUUGAUCAGUUGUAUUCUAGUAAAGAACCUCUUUGGGGACUAUAGGAAAGCAUGUUUUUGUGGUUAUAAAAACACUUAAAAAUCUUGAUAAUUCUGGGCUUGUAUAAUGCCUGUUGAUCUUGCCCUCUUAAUCAGUUUAUUGUUAUUCACAAAUGCAAAUAGGUUUUCAAACUAUAGACAGUUUUGAAAGACAUUAAUUCUUGUUUUCUUCUAGUCAGGAGUAAUACAAGCAAACAAGUGUCCGUUUUGAAUUCCGACUUGUAAUCUGAAUACUAAGCAUAUUAGACCCACCUGAAAAUAAUAUAGCCAAUUUCUAGGUAAUCUUACUGCUUUGUGGGUUUCUUUCCAUGUACAUCUACCUCUUCCAGCUGUUUUAAGUUUUCUCAAGUCUGUGCCUAUGAAAUCUCAUCCAACUUUUGAUUAUUCAUGGAUUGAUUAUCCACUUUAUUGUUUUUUGCUGCCAUUGCUCUGCCUGGUCUCAUCUGCAUCAAAUAUACUACAUAUCAGCAACUUUAGAGAAUGGGUUCAACAGGGAGUGGAGAGUGAAGCUAAUGUAAAAUAGUUUAGUGGCAGUGGGAAUCUUUGGACUUUGUUUACCUCUCUCAUUAUUUCUAUUACCAUGGAUAAGAGAGUCAGCUGCUACGUUGAUAUCCCUUCUAUGAGCACAUUCUUAGCAGAAGAAAACAAUCCAACUACCAACACCCGACUCUAUUGGUGCAUUUAAAAUGUGAUUCCAUUUUUUCUUACAAUUCUUCAGGGAACUUACCUGCAUUAAGUGAGGUUAAAUGCAUUCAGGAGGUUGUUUCUUGUAUCUAGUUUUAGAAUAAUAUUUCUUCGGCAAACCCUGUUAACUGCGGUUCACCCUUGAAAACGUUAAUCUGAGGACUUUUUCCACCAACUCAUUAAUGAUGGUGGAAGCAAGUGUAUUAUUUGUUUCCUGGAGAAUUUGGUGAAGAGCAGUCUUCCUCUGCUGCCCUUUGCUAAGCAAAACCUGGAGCAGUUUAAAUAGGCUAAAUGGUUUUGAUUAAAUCUUGAGCUUCGAGUUGGAAGGAGAAAAUGAGAAGUUAACCCCUUGAGCCAUGUGGUCUCUUUACAAUCAAGAGACUGUACAUAUGUGAAAAAAUACAAAUUAAGGACCUGUGUUCAUAGACAAUCUAAAACUGUGUUUCUGAAGUUUGUGCACAUUUUUCUUCACUGUAAUGUUAUUUUACAGCUGUUUGUUAAAAUAGUGAAUAAUUUAAUGAUCCUAAAAGUAACAGGUUUCGUGUGGGUGUGCUUGUAUACGUGAGAAUUGCCUUAUUUUCAGGUUGUUUUAUUUAAUGAUGGUUCCUUGGACAGCAUUCUGGUGUUCAGCAACCAGUAUGGAAUAUUUGUCAUUAAAUCCAUAUCAGUCUUU